AGGUGUCGCGAAGGUCGAAAAUGUCAGCUGCUCUGGGUUUUAUGAAGGUGUGCGCUUGGUGAAGUAAGGGUGGGAGUGUCGGUACUGUAGUGGACUUGCUUAUUAAAGCCGUUUUAUAAGCGGCUUUAAAGGUGCUAUAAUCACGAUUACACCGAUUUAUGACUGUUUCAUGACUGCUCUAUCGGUAACCAUCGCAGUGUGCACCUAGCACCCAAGGCAGAUUGCAGCACUCGCCAAGAUGCGGUAGAAGGAACACAGACGGGGGCAGCAUUAUGGGCCAGGCACACCCAACAGGAAGCACGAGGCGGCGGCGACUGUCGUCAUUAUGCAGGCCUUUCACCCCACACAGCCGCAACUUGAGUGCCACCUUCCAUGUACUUGACACGGAGCUACGCUGGGAACUCCUGAACAUCAACACUGCCACAGAAGAGGAGUUGAUGACACUGCCGGGUGUCACGAGAUGCAUUGCCCGCAAUAUCGUUGACUACCGUCAAGCCAUCGGGGGAUUUAAAAAGGUUGAAGAUCUAGCAUUGGUUUCCGGUGUUGGAGCCUCACGUCUGCAAGUUUUUCGAUCUGAGAUCACAGUGCGGCGUGGGCCUCCCAUCUCCUCGCGCUCCCCACGAGUGGGUGUUCCCCAACGGAGCCCCUUGCGUGAUAUGGAGCUAUAUCGGCUGGUGGCACCCCUGAGCCAGCGCCCGCUGGCUGCCCGCAUUGAGACAGGCCCUGUGGGUGCUUUCUGGGUUGCUCUUUGGAACCUGGCUGGCCUCACGUGUGACAAGGCAUCUAAUCUAGGAGUGCUCGAAGUAGUCUGUCGCACUGCCCUAGAGAAUGGGAUUGCCAUCAUUGCUUGCCAAGAAAUUUGUUCAAGGGAUGCUCUUGACUUGGUAGUGCAAGAGCUCAAUGACCCUCAGCUGAGUGCAGUAGCCUCAUGGGAGCCUCAUGAUCGCCAGUGGGAUCAGGCAACACCUCUACCUGCUUCUGGACCUGUUGGCUUGUUUUCAGGCUUCUUGUUCAGCGGCCGGCAGGGAAUUCGACUCUCCGAGUGCUAUGCAGUUGACUUGGACUCCAGCAAUGGUCUUACGGGACCUUGCCCCUGUGUUGCUCGCUUUAAGGCACCCGGACUGGAGUUUGUCGUUGUAAGCAUUCUGCUGCGGUCACUCAAGGCACAUGACAUAAGUCUCCUGUUCCCCAGCUUUGUUGCAGUUAUCAGGCAGAAACUCCGUGGUGAGGACAACAUCCUUCUGAUGGGAGAUUUGCCACCUACUGAAAAUGCUGUACGCAUGCUUUCGGAUAUGGGGUUUCACCUACUAUGGCCAAGCAAGUUAAAGCCACAUGACACAACACAGAUCUGGUGCUCCAGCAAGCUGCGCAAGUUUUGCACAGGUAGCAUUCGGCGGGUGCAAGAGGGCCUCAGUCACCCAUUGAUCCCAUGUGGCUGGCACUGGGGUGGCUCUGUCAGUGAUCUGCCCCCACUCCUGGUGCAGCUGCUGACCGACAUUCCCAAUGGCCAAGCAUCAGCAUGAUGGCUUCUUACCUAACCCCAGAAACACACUCAGCACCAGAAAUGGGGCCGCUGGCUGAUUUGUCACUACCCCUGGCCAGAGUAAGAGAUCUGGGGCUGCUGCCUUUGUUGUUCAUCCAAGAAUUUGCAUCAGCCGUAAAUGUAUGUCAUUAUGCAGUGCCAUAUGAUUCAGACUAGGCCCAGAGAUCUGGCCCUGUGAUUUUUCACUUUUCCUGUGUUAUAACUGUGCAAAGUUGACUGGUGGUUCUACGUGGCAGUCACCUGCCAGUGGUGUCUUAGUUGAGAGUAUAAUGCCUGUUUCUUAGACAUUGCUGCGAAGAAACAUUCAACCAUGCUUCAGUGCCUCUACAUGAGUUCUGGAGCUUGUGGUAUAACUACUGCUGAGAUGGCCAGAAGAAUCUUCCUUGUCAGAUAUCCUCCUGAUGCCUUAUUGGUGGCAGUUGGUGUGUUUGGUGUUCUGUAUUAUUUUUAGCACUUUAUCUGAAAUGUGUUAUGCCGAACGAACUAUGGCUUGUCACACAUAUUUUAACCUUGCUGUUCUUAAAGCUUAUAUAGUAUGUAGUAGUAUUUGAAAUGUUUCCUGUGCCUUGGGCACUUUGCAGGAGGCAAGACCUUGCUUGAGUAUAAUUACCUAGUCGUGUAGCUUUGUUGACUUCUGACACUGAUGCUGCCCAUGUGCUUAGCAUUAAGUUUAUUAUGAAGACUCGAUUGCCUAACCUGAAAAAGGUGCUUUGCAUUUGAGACUGUGUUAGUGCAUCCGAAGUACUGUCUUCUACAAGUUUUAGUUGACUAACAUGAAACUUGACACUAGUUGAAUUGUGCCUAAGUCAGUAUAUUUGCCUUGUUUUCUCUGUGGUAUUUUAACUGUAAAUAAUCGUAGCUUUCUACUACCUGUAGAGACGAGUCAUGUUGUCUAAUCUAUGCUGUACAUCUGUACAUAUGUCGAAAGGCACACACAACUUUACAUCUCGUGAACCUGCCCAGAGAUGGUGGCAAGUAGAAUAAUUGAUACGAAAACAUGCAUGCACAAAAGCUUGUAUGUAUAUUUUACCAGUGUUUUAAGUUUUAGUGGCACUUAUGCAAGCUUUUAAUGUAUCCUCUGUGCAGCUUUAGACAUAUUUUGUCGGAUGAGGAGGUUCCAGUUGCAACAUUCGUGAAAAAUUGUUUUAGCUUAUCCAUGUGCGCCGGAACGCUAACAGCACUGCUUUAUAGAAGCAUGUCUUGCUGGAGAUGCAGUUUGUACCCUCUUUAUCCGCCUUUAAGAUGGCAGUGCUUUCUUGUAAGCAUCCAGUCAACUCUCCUGUUUUGUUGCCCCUGCACAGCAGGAAUGCUCAAAUUCCAAGUGCUUUACGAAGUAAUGAAUGGGUGAGAAAGAAAGGAAACAAUGUUGCUGCCUUGCAGUGACUUGUCUAUUUUUCUUGUCUUUUACCUGUGAAUGACAGCAUUGAGCAAAAUUUUAGGCAAGGAAUUUUGCUUGAUGCUUGGUGCUAUCGUUCUCUGAAUGUUUAGUUUUGAGAUGGUAAUUAUUUUUAGUAUGUAAUUGAGCACAUGGCUAUUUCUGUAUGGAAAAGCAAACAAACAACAAAACAGACUUAUUUUUAUAGUGGGGUGACCUGACACAUAAGACCUAUUUUCUUAAAGCUUGCCUUAAAGCCUGUACUGAUGGUGUGUGAUCAGAAGUGACAGUAGGACAAAACAUGGAGAGUUGGCAGCAAACACUUCACCGUGUCCAAGAAGCGCUGCGUGUUAUUUGUUAUUCGUAUUGAUUGUGCUGACGAGACUGGUUCACUUACAUUAUUGUAUUUUAUUUACAUUGCUGAUUUUCUCCAUAUAUGCAUCUUGUAAAAUGACCCAGCACAAAGGCACGAAAUUGUGCAAGAUUUGUCGUCACAUAGGUCCCAUGUAGCCGUUGUGAAUCCUUAUGUGCACAUCAUUUAUGUUUUUGUAAUACUGUUGCUUUUAGGUUACCUGCUAUAUGUUGUGGUCACUUAUGGUAUGUAUGGCUGGACUGCAUUGGGGCAGUUAUUCAGUCCCCUGUCCAGGAGGUGCCCUCAUAUUUCCCACUGAUAAAGGGCAGUGGAAGUGCACCCUGAUAUAAAAAAAUGAGGGAGAAGGUACACCAAUGCACCCAAGCUAGACAUGUCAUAAGUUUCACUCAUUUAAGGAGAUUCUUUUUCUAGUAUUUGACUUAUAAAUAUGAUGCAAUUAUCAAGGCAAAACGUUUAUUUCCUAAUUACCAGUUACUUCUGGUUUCCAUUAAGUUGAGUAGGUGUUUGCUAACCCUGCAUUGCGGGAAUGCUCCACUUUCUAGUCCCAGCAGGCUGGCCAUGACAGUGGUGGCUUUGUUGAUGUUCUUUUGAUACCUACAGUAAUGCUGCAGCUGUCUAUGAAGUGCUGUAUUUGCUGUGUGCAUAGUUGAACUGAUGUUGCAGUGGAAAAUUACUUUAAUAGCCUGCCUAUAAAUAUUUUCUGUUUUAUAUUUUGUCAUCCACUAAUACAUAAAACGAGAAUGGGCAGUCAGUGUGUUUUUUUGGUUCUCCAUAUGCAAGAAAGCUUCUUAAAGGAUUGAUGGUUCAAUGUUUUAGUAAUGAAGUUCUCUCCCACUGUUGUCAGUCUGCACUAAGGUCUCGUGUAUAUUAUAAAAAUCAAGUAACAUGUUGUACAACGGCAGUGAUGUUAUCAACAGUGAUGUCAUAAAGCAGUCGUGCCAAUGUACAUAAAUUCAUAUGACAGGGCAGCUGUGCCAUCUGGUUAUCAUCUUUUAAAGGGUCAAGUGUUCGCAGGUGGGUGCUGCAAUUUGGACAUUUUAGCUGGGUAAAAUAUUAUGGUCACCUACUGUUGUCACUUUUUGACAUUUAUAUUACUAUGCAGGCAGGAUGUACUCAUAACAUAAAUUUUGUGUUGCACAGUGCAUAUCCUGAGCUUGAUAUGCAUGAUAGUUGAAAACUGGAAGCGCAACGUGUCAUACAGACCUGUGUGCAUUAUUGCCAUAUCGUGAUAACCAUUUAAUUGAACACAUAAACGAUAGGAGAUCUGUUUCAAGACACAUGCUUUCUACACAUAAGCAACAGAUUGGUUGGAUGGUUAUAUACACUAAAAUGUUGACGGGUGAGAAUCGAAGUACUGCUAACUGUAGUCACUCCAUUUGCAAAAGCACUUUUAAUUCACAGUGGCUAACUGAACGUUCAAGAGCUUCGACAGAUUAGUGUGCUUACUAUAGGCAUAACUUCACAGGCCACGGAAUUUGCAAGAAAGCCAAAUAUUUCCAUGGCCUGUUUUCUGAGUUCGCAUCUAUCACUAUUAUGAGGAACCAACACAAUGUUGUACAGCUUUACUGGCUGCCGGCAUAAAUUAUGGGGGAACUCUGCUUUUUUUAUCAGAAGCUUUGCUUGCAAACUUUUGGCAUUGAUAGUUCCUUUGUUUUGGUUGAGCAGCUGGGUUGCACAGCAUGUUCUUUGGGCUUCUUUAUGCAACCACUCUGUUGCUUAUGUUUUGUUCUGCGUCUUUUUUUUUUCUGCUAUCUACAUUUAUUUUAGGUUGAAACGGAACCUAAAACACCUGUCUUCCUAGACAGGUUUGUACCUGUCAUGGAAGACAGGUACAAAUGCAUGGGACUGUGGGAGAAAUUUAUUUUCUUGCAGGCUGUAUGUGCAACCUGAAAUCAAGUGGCACGAAACAUGUUACUGCUAUGCAUUUCAACCAAUGCAAUUUGUGUCUAAUUUGUCCAGUGUUACUGGUUCUAAACUUUUGUUUGUUAUGGUGCACAUAAGCAUCACUGCUAAAGCUACCUUGGCUGAGUGUUUCAUCAGUAUGAGCAUUUCCAAAAUUCAACAUGUCAGGGCAAAUUCAAAAUCUUAAUGUGCAAAUUUUAUGCGAGUAAACUUUAGCGUAGCAAAUAAUUAAUUGAACUUGCAUUUUUAAGUAAAAAUCCUAAAGCAGCCUUAAGGAUGUUGUGGCCAUUUCACUUGAACAAACCUCACUCUGCACUUCCUACAAGCUACUAAAUAGCUUUAAUCAUCAUUAUUCAACUAUUGACAUAUUUUGCAAUAAAAUAAAAGUGGUCACGCUGCAACUACAGCAUGUGCAUGUGAUAAGCUGGAAUUUGUAUGGCAUACAUUUAAUGUUAUAUAAAAGGUUAGUUAAAGGAAAGUGAAUAUGGUGUUCGUAAGAAGCUGCUGUGUACUUAUUCUUGGUGUUUGUUUAGUUCAGAUAGGGAAAGUGAACUUAAAAAAAAAAUUAUUUACAGUUCUGUCGUGUGGUGUGCUUGUUGUUUUCUGGAGUAAUGCUUUGCAUGUACUCUCUGAUAUACUGAAAAUUUGGCAUGUAGUUGUCUUCAAACUGACAUAGCUGUUAGUUCAAAGAUAAUGUCCUUGCAGCGUAUGCUUUCUACAGGUUUUGGUUAUGUCCCGUUUAUUAAAGGGGCCCUCCAACACUAUUCAACCCCCCAUUUUUUACUUGCGGGUUGCGUAGACUGAUGGCUGGGGAUAAUUUUAGCAUACGUUUAAGCAUCAAAUUAUUUAGUAUUUUAAUCACGCGUUAAAGUCGCUACAUCGCUGCUGACCGCAUCAGCGCGUAGUGGCGCUUGCCAGAACUAUUGCGGGCCGAAAUGACGAAGAUGAGCGCUGGCCUAUGAUUGGAUAAAUGUAACGUUAGAAGUAAUAACGGCGUUGCAUCAAAGUUGAGAUUACUAUUGUGUUUCGUUUUUCUUUUCUGUGCUUUUUCAAUGAACUCCAAAUAGCCGCCGUCGCAACAAAAAAUAUCGCUACAACCACAAUGUACCACAGAUGCGCCGGUUGCCAUUUCGCCUCUGGUUGCUCUGGCUGCUCUGGCUUUCUUUUUUUUCUGCCUGCGCCGGUCGGAUGUCCAUAUGAAACGCUUGCCCCUCUUCCUUCUUUUUGCGUGUGUACGUUUGGGAGCUGCCUCUUUCCGCAUGUGCGGUAGGCUCAUGAUUGUUGUUGAAACGGUGCAAGUAAUCCUCUUCGUUGAAUCGUUGUCGCUGCACACUUGUAACUCGUCGGGCUGCUCACCGAACAACCCGCGUAGGGGCGACCGUGUAUAACCGCCCAUGCCGCUCCACAAAUUCCCUUCUCAGAAUGAGAAGAGGGAAUGACACGGAAUGUCGUUGUAAGGAACAGCAGACAAAGCCUCCCCAGCCUCGCUUCGAAGCAGUAGCGCCCGCUCACGUUCUGACAAGUCCGGUUUCAGGAACCACGUUUGUUACUAUGGCAACGACGUCAACAAUGCGUUGGAAAGGAGAAGCAACAAUGGUGUGCGAGCUUCCCCUACGUAAGAGCUUUCAGCCCAUUUCAUUGGAGCGCCAUCCGACGUCACAGCAGAGAGUGAAAUGUGGUCACGUGACCCCGCGAAAAUCGAGUUGAGGGCAGGCAUUUUUUUUCUUGUAUUUUGAAUUUUCUAAAUUGAAUAACUUCGUACUGCGUGCCGCUAUCGCUGCCGUUCUUGCUGCACUAGUUCGUCCGUACUUCAGUCUACGCAAUCCACGAGUAAAGAAUGGGGGGUUGAAGAGUGUUAGAGGGCCCCUUUAAUGCUCUGUGUUGUUGAUUUUUUAUAAGUUUUGGCUCAGGAUUGUUUUUACUUUGUUAUAUUGCAUGAUUUUUAACAUUCCUCUUGCUCAAAAAAAGUUGUAGCAUGUUUUAUCAUUGUGCAGAUUAGUCACUGUACUAUCAGAGACACAUGCUCAUUCUUCCCUUCAGCUUGCCAGCACUGAGUUUAUGUGUAAGGCAGUGUAGUGCACACAUUCAGCAGAUUAUACCAUACUGCUUAUGUUGUAGCUUUAUAAAGCUGCUGAUGAGAAACUGAGGCUGUCCAGCUGAUGACACAGGCAAUUUUCAGCCACCGUGUUGGCAGAUUAAUAAUGUGAGCAUUUGCAUUUUUAAAUGAAAUUAUGCACUAGUCAACACUGAUUUUAAUAUAAAAAUGAGCAUGCUCAUACUUUUGACAUUAGGAGAUCACCAAAUAUACAGCAACAAGGAGGGCAUGCAUUGUUCGUCCUUUGACAUUUUUCAUCGUUGCUUCUUUCUCCAUAAAGAUAGCUUGGAGAUUUGGCAUCCAGAGGGAGUGCUGAAGGAUACUUGCUUGUCCAUUAUGUAAUGCCCUCAAGCCCUUAAGGCACAAUAAAUGAAAUCGAAUAAAAAGAAAAAGAAACAAAUCUGGAUCUCACACUAUCCAUGAAUACUCAAUAUUAUUGGGCUUCAAAGGCAGUACUGUAGGUGAUUUGGCCACUUUGUCAGUUCUGUAUAGUGUGAUGCACUCUUGAGCUUCUGUAUGUCAUACACAGUGAAUUGGUUGUUGUUUUUCAUGAAACUCAGUGUUAGUAUCUUUAUUUAGACCAAAUAGCCAGCUUGCAGACCCACAUGCCUCAUAAUCACAUCGUAGUUCACGCACAUAAACCGUCAGAAUUUAAUUCUAGCUUUCAGCCUGAAAUGCUUCAAUUCUUUUGUGUAAAAUGCUAGACUGUAAUCUCUGGUUAUUUCCUGUGUUUUUAUUUCCUGUGUUUGCAAGUCAAUGGUCAGGUUGUAAAUAAGUAUGUCUGCUGCCAAUUUCCUUAAACAGUAUCACUUAUAAAGAUUUUUUCUUUGUUUAGAGAAGCAGAAUUGGCGUACUCGGAUGGCUCGCUAAUAAUCUGUUCGGUAUGUCUUUGGAAGUAGUCACCUCUCGAGAUAAAAUGAGCGUGAGACAUUGAACUUAGCCAAUGCUCCUGGAGGAAUUUAACAGGACAAUGUAUAUUUAGUAUAUCACUAAAAUGUCCCCAAGAUUUCAAGACGUCAAAGUUGUCAUUAAGGUGACUAAAAACUUGCUAUAUUUACCGACUUCAUCGCUAAGUUUCGAACGACGAUAUUUUGGAAAAUGUUGCACCUCUAUCUUUUUCUCUUUGUACCAUAAAGAUCUUAAGAUACUUUGUCAUUUCAUGAAUGAAAGAAGGGGAAUUUUAAGGGCUAAUUUUUCUUUGCUGGACACAAAAUUAAUUAGAACUAACAGACAAGAAAGCCAAGGAAAGUAUAGGGGAUGUUAUUUGUAGUAAUAGGGAAUAUUCAUGAUGCUUGGUGCUCCAGCAACACUGGGCAUGUCCGCCAUUUUUUGUUGGACGCCGUCGCGGAAUCGUCUGCUAGCGUCUCCAUAAGGAGAGGCCAUGGCAAGGCUGAGCCGUAGUCGUUGGCAAAGCUUUCGGACCAACAAAAUGCGGCUGUUUCUUUCGUCAUCCAGUGCUGAACAGUCAGUGGACCUUACUCUGCUGCCACAAAUCGACGAGAACUCAAUAUCGGAGCUCUGCGUGCUUAAAAAUACAUCGGACGGCAGCUGCGAGAGGCGCACUGCUUCGCAAAGACGAACUGCUGUUCUCUAGUGCCGUGCGCUUUCCGUCUGAGGUAGGCAGUCAAGAAAAGUGUUCGUUGCAGAGGAGAUGUGACUGUCAGACUUCUAAGGUAACCUUGCACUGCAAUACAUCUCCAUUGUAUUUCCCCCUGUGAUUUCAUACACGCGUCAUAAACACUCAUCAGAUAUCGACACCACAUUGUUUCUACACGACCUGUGCAACGCUGUGCUGCUUUUGUCAGCUCAUUUCUUUAGGCACAAGUAUCUCUACACCCUCUGUAGUAGCGUGCAUUGCAGUCAGUUUUUUUUUUUUUCAAAAUAAACAAGGCAUGGACAUGAGCAUGAGUGGUAUUCCGCAAACCAAACAAAAAUACUGAUCGCGCGUUUCAACUGUACACAAAGAGAGUGGCCCGAGUAAUGCUCUUUUACUGCACACUUGUUUAUAAUGUUUUAUGGCCGUAAUCUGUGGUGCAGAUUUAGUAUUGUCGUUCCGGUUUUCGUGAACACUAUACGUGUGCAUUCAUUGACACAUCUUUUUAAAAUAUUGCACUCUUUGCUUUCGCAUGCCAUGGAGGCGUGCGUAACCGUGCCUCCAUGGUUAUGCAUGGAGGCGCGCAAGGGCUCACGAUAAGUGGAAAGAUGAGUGCGAUGAUCUACUGAACAAACAGCUCCAUCUACUAUACGGCUCCGUAACUCUUUGCUCCGUGUUCGCUGACCGAUGAAAGCAAAAGAAAAAUAAAAGGGAGGGAUAAGGGUGUGUACGUUAAAGUGAAGGGCGCACGCAGCAUGCAGACUAUGUACUUCAGCGCACACUUCCUUGCGAAGCUUGCAAAGAGAUGCCUGUUGGAAAUCUUUGCGCCGAUCGAGUCUCGUAUGGCGGCAUUGAUUUACCGCAGACGCGCGCAGCACUGUCUGUGGCACUGCCUACACACAUUUAUAUACGUAAAUCAUUGCUUUCGUCGAUCUUCAACGCCCACAAGCUAAUGUUGAUCAAUCAUGCUCUCUCGCACGUGUGCAACGUCGGCCGUCUCUUUUAAAAUGCAUCUAUCAUAAUAUAUUGUUCUGCUAGUCUAGCUUAUGUUGCAGGCAAGCAACUAAAUCGCGCGGAGAAAUAAGAACUGAGUUUGACGAGCGCUUUUGCGAGCGCCGAUCAUUUCCAAACCAAAGCACAGUACGGAUCUUUGACGAAACAAGUUCGCGUCUGUACAUUCUUUUUCUUCAUUCAGGUAACUGAUGAAUUCUAUUAAAAAUAGUGUUACCUUAUUCCUGGCAUUUUCAGGGUUCCUUCAUUGCCUUAACAGCGCACGAAGCAUACGGAAGUCAUCGCAGAACGAAGGUAAAAAACUUGUAGCCGGCACCUGAAAGGCUGCGAUAUGCGACUAGUUUCGUUUUCGCGCCCAACAAGACAUGGCGGAUUGAGCUUAUGGGAUCAUCGACAGAUGGCGCUGUACAUUUUGAAUAUCCCCUAUUAUGAUGUAAAUGUGAAGAAAGUAAAGUGGACGAAAAGAUAACUUGCCGCCGGCAGGGAUUGAACCUGCAACCUUCAAAUAACGCGUCCGAUGCACUACUACUGAGCUACGGUGGUUCAUGAUAUACAACUAGUUAAUUAUCUUAGAAAUUGGUUUCAGAAGACUGUAGGACAGGAAGGCCUAUCUCUUCUAUGGGUACCCAAAGAAGUAACCUCCCACUGCUGCACAUGUGCAGAGCACAAACCACACAUUUAGCAUUUGAUCCACACCACGAAGUUCAGAAAUGACGCAACCGUGCAAAGCUGAUAUUAGGGGACACGGUGUCACCUGUCGAUGUAGAAGCCGCCAACUUUGCUGCUGUUUUAUUGCUGGUUGCUGUGCCUUAAGUUCUGGAGGAGGGAUUGGUGCAGCAAGCUUUUGCUUUCUGCCAUUUUGCCUUCACAGAUAUUGAGCACUGACAUAAUUCUGCUCAAGAUUGCACCACGCUGUGUGUCUAAACUCGGUUAUCCCAACAUGAAUUCACCACCAUAGAAAUGCUUUGUUAGAACAAGUGCAGUGUGUGCGUCAAAUCUUCUUGCACAGAUCAGCAGAAAUAAGCGAUUAUUAUGUAAGUGGCUUCAUCUCAUUAUCUCGCCUUUAUUUCCUAGAGCUUGAAGGAGGUAGAUGCAGUGCAAAUGUUUCUUUCUGUUGAAUUUCAUUCAGCAUAUGUAUAACAAGACACAUUAUUUUCUAUUCUAAAGCCAUCUAUCUUUUGUAAAUCCUAUACUGGCCAGCACAACACCAGUGUACUCCAGAUUUCAGGUUCCCUGUUCCGAAACUACAUAUUGAGGAAAAGAAACUGUUGUGCAAACUAAAAUGCUACUGCAAUUUAUUGCCGCUAUGAUGUAAACCUUUGACAUGUUUAUGUAUUCUUUGAAGAAAAGUUGAAAACAAAUGAGCCAAGUGGACAUUUAAAGUGUGAUAUACUAUUGAUGAAUGCUAUAGUAAAAAGAGAGUAAAAAGCCAAUAUCAGCAUCAAAAACUAUUCGUGCACCUGUACACAAACUAGUUGUCACAUCAUCAUCUUGACUAUUGUAACAUUACUUUUUAAAAAGUUAGUGUUGUACAAUGCACCUUGCUUUAAAAAAAAAAGUUGUGUCUAAAGCAUUUCUCUCACUGGGACAUAUGCACUUUCAUACUCUGCUGGAAGCACAUUCAUUACAGCUGUUUGAAAACACGUAAAAUGUGGAGAUUCACUUGUAGCAUCUUUCACAUAUGUCACUAGGCACUUAUUUGUAAGUUCAGGGCACUUCAGUCUUCCAAGGUGUCCUUGGCAUUUUGCUUCCUUCACUGGUGUUUAUUGGUGGCACCAAUUAAGCUUUCAGUCUGAUCAUUGUUUUACCAAAUGGCGGCCUGGUUUUGAAGGCAGUCCACAGUAGUUGGUGCUUUGGUUGUGCAAAUUACUGCUGCUUCCAUAGAUGAGGACCUGACAAGCAUAUAUGUCUUGUGUGUACUAUAGUGGUGGAGUUCUCUUUAGCAUACAUAAGUUAGGUGCAGUUCUGUGAAAGAGGAAUUCCUCUCUAGUUUUGUAGCCAUAAUUAUGCCUCCAUUUUUCUGUUUCACACCCUACACAGAUGCUCUUACAAGUUGUGUGUACACUGGCUUGAGAUAUUAUGGCUUCCAGAAUAUUGUGAGUUGCUAGCCAAACCUUGCUGGUCAGUUCUGUCUGAAGGUUUUCUGCAUAAAGGCACUGGCUAAUGAAUAUAACUAUGCUGGUGAUGUGAAAGGUGCCAUAUACAAGAUGUGGCAGGCACACCGUAAUUUUUUGGUGUCACAAACACCGUUGUUCGUUAUGUUCGUUAUUUUGUCAUUUAACAAAACGUACAUAUAAUCUUACCGUUUCUGUGCGAUGUAGAGAAAACUGUGGGUUGUGUGAGCCAAUUUAGAGUGAGAAACAGAUAGAAGACUCAUCCAUUGUCCGCUGCUAUUCCUCCAAUAUCAUUUGGAAGGAGUGUGGUAUAAUAAGUGGCUCACUGUGGACAGGUCGGAUCCUCCUUUCUUCCAGACAGUAUAGGUGGUCUGCGUUCCUCUUUGGCUGGCGAGAUCCAUUGCUUUUUCAUUUCAAUGCAUGGGGUGUCAAGGUGGUGUGUCUUGCAACAGUGGGGCAGUGCUGGCAAAUGUGAUAAUUGUUACUUUAGUGUCGCGUUUUAAACAUGCCUAUUAAUGUUCUCAGAAGCUCACUUGUUUUUUCGUUUGUCAAAAUCUGCCAUGACACAUUAAUUUGAGACUUUGAAAAGUCGGAAAAUGGUAUUCUUUAAAGGAAAUUACCUCCAGAAUGCCGUAUAUUUUUUUUGGCUGGUUGUGUGUAUGUUUUGGUGUUCUUAUGCUCAAUUGAAACAGUAGGAGUACAGUGAUUUUGUUGCAAUGUGUUAUUUUCAUGCGCAGAUUUGUGUUGCUUGUUCUUAAUUGUUGGCGAGACCUAUAAAUGUGAUUCUGUGUUGUUUGAUCACACACUGGAGAUAUGUACAUGUUAUAUAAUACAUCUUGUUAUUGAACCCCCGAGUUUUGUCCAGAUGCUUUUAUUCCAUUAUGGCACAGUGUGCAUAGUUGUACGUACAAGAUUGCAACUAAGUUUUUGGGGUGGUUGUUGUGGAUAGCAAUCAUUAAUAAAGGAAACCUAACAUAAAA